AUGAAGUUCUUCGGGAAGAAGUCAACCAAGAAACCCCACCCUGACGACCACGACGACCACGUCCUGGACGCAGAUUACUUCCAUUCCGACUCAUCCUCGCCCACAAAGUCACCCUCCAAGUCCGCAUCGUCGUCGCCCACCAAAAGGUCCGCCCGACCCGCUUCGCCGGCGACGCCUACCAGUCCCUCCGGCGAGGCGAAACACCGCCCCAGCAGUUCCCGGCACUUUUCCAGAGCCUCGUCCGACCUGGGCAAGUCCUCUUCUUUAAACCGGAAGAAGAAGGCCGACACCAACACACAUCCUCUCAAUCUCCCACCAGAGGAGAUCAAGAGGCUCUCGAGGCUGUCAGCCAUGAGUGCACGCGAGUCGGUCGACAGGAUGGACAUUGAUCCUCCUAGUAGCGCCCCGACCCCGUCCUCUCCUCCACGGCAAGAAUCACCGCCUGCAGCCGAGCAGAGCGGCGAGCAGACUCCUCCUGCUACCAAUGGGUCGUCUUCUCCCAAGAAAGAGGAUGCACCUGCUCCUCCCCCGCACACGACCGAUCCCAACAGCCCCCCGCCCACCCCGGCGGAUGAGGCUGAAGUUUUCAAGAACUUGGGCAACAAGUUUUUCAAGGAGAGGAACUACAGGCGGGCCAUUGAGGAGUACUCCAAAGCCGUGGAACUGCAACCGGACUCACCAACGUACCUGGGCAAUCGGGCUGCCGCGUACAUGGCUGACAGCAGAUAUGAAUCCGCUCUUGAGGACUGCAAGCGAGCUGUUGACCUGGACUUCAACAACCCCAAGAUCUUGCUCCGUCUAGCCCGAAUCUAUACCAACUUGGGACAACCAGACGAAGCAAUGGUUACCUUCCAGCGCAUCCGGCCACCCCCGUCUGCUAAGGACAUGGCGCAGGCAAAGGAGAUGCUGCAAUAUAUACAAUCCGCCCAGCAAGGGUUAGAAGAGGGCAAGGGUCCGUCUUUAGUACUCCAUGCCCUUGACAUGGCCGAGAGGCUGCUGGGCCCUGGGGCUCGGAAGCCGCGCAAGUGGCAGCUGAUGCGAGGAGAAGCUUACCUUAAGAUGGGCGGUGUCAACUCACUCGGGGAGGCUCAGAAUGUUGCUACUAACUUGCUGAGGAACAACAGCCAAGAUCCCGAGGCCCUAGUUCUGCGAGCUCGUGGGCUGUACGGGCAAGGAGACAAUGACAAGGCUAUCAAAGUCCUCCAAAUGGCCAUCAGCUGCGAUCCUGACUUCCGAGACGCCAUCAAAUGGCUCAAGAUCGUCAGGAAUCUGCACAAGGCGAAAGAGGAUGGAAACGCUGCGUACAAGGGUCGUCAAUGGCAAGCCGCGAUUGACAAGUACACCAUGGCUCUUGAGGUGGACCCUGCGAACAAGGCGACCAACGCCAAAAUCCUGCAGAACCGCGCCCUGUGUUACCAGCAGCUCAAGAAGUACGACGACGCAAUCGCAGACUGUGACAAGGCUCUGAGUCUGGAUCCUAGCUACACCAAAGCCCGUAAGACCAAAGCAAAUGCUUUGGGUGGCGCUGAGAAAUGGGAGGACGCGGUGCGGGAAUGGAAGGCCCUUGCAGAGGCUGAUCCCUCAGACCCUUCCAUUCAGAAGGAGGCACGGAAGGCCGAGAUCGAACUCAAGAAGAGCCAACGCAAGGAUCAUUACAAGAUUCUGGGUGUGUCCAAGGAUGCUGACGACAACCAAAUCAAGAAGGCCUACCGAAAGCUGGCCAUUCAGUACCACCCAGACAAGAACCCAGGCAAUGAAGAGGCAGAGGCGAAGUUCAAGGACAUCAGCGAAGCCUAUGAGACCUUGAGCGAUCCUCAAAAGCGAGCUCGGUACGAUGCUGGUGACGACCUGGACAUGUCCGAUAUGUUCGGCGGCGGUGGCGGCGCCGGCGGUAUGGGCAUCGACCCGGACAUUCUCUUCAGCAUGAUGGGCCAGCAAGGUGGCUUUGGUGGUGGCGGCGGAGGCUUCGGGGGUGGCGGGUUCCCUGGAGGCGGCGGCUUCCACUUCGCCAACGGCGGCAGCGGCGGCCGAGCACACGACGAAAACGAGUCUUUGAGCAAUGGAGACUACUCCGAGGACGACACGCAGGCAGGGCCGGAUAGUGGGUAUGAAAAGGCAUCAUGGUGGCAGGCCGAAGCCGAGGCCUCUGCUGCUGCACAUGACAAGCGACUGGAACAGAUGCGCCAGGUUGGUGUCGUGUUCCUUGCGGCCAUCGUUCUUCUUCCUCUGCAGGUUGUGGGAUUGCUGGUGGUAGUCGCGGGCAUGGCAUACAUGUGCAUUAUGACGACAGGGAUUUUCACACGACGAUAG